CGGCGCCGCAGGGGGCCGCGGUGGGCUGCCCGCCGAGCCCCCGCCUGCCUCGCCUCCGUCGGCGGAAUUUGGAGCGGAUUCUGCAGCGGGGCUGAAGGCAGCUGCGCGUUCGGGGGCCGUGCUUGUGCGGGAUGGAAGGCUGCGAACGGCAGCAGCUUUAUAAGCAGGCCGCUGCCGGGUUGCUGCCCUCGCUCGGAAAUUUUAGGAACACUUCAAGAAUGAGUCCAACACAAGAUAGAAGUAGAAGCUCCUGCAGCAGUGAGCCUCUGGCAAAGUGCCUUCAAGCAAAGAAGGACUUGGAAACAGCUAUAUCUGGAAUUGUCAAAGCUGAACAACAGAUUAAAGAGAACUGGCGGGAGGUAAAAGCGAAGAUUCACAGCCACAUAAGCCGCCACCUGGAAUGCCUGCGCAGCCGUGAGGUUUGGCUGUUUGAGCAGGUGGAUCUCAUCCAGCAGCUGAAGGAGGAGGCACUGCAGCAGCAGGCGCAGCAGCUCUAUUGGUACUUGGGACAAUUCAAUUGUCUUAUUCAUCAGCUGGAGCGUUCCUGCAGUAACGAACUAGCAAACCAGAUUUCAGCUUGCUUGGAGAGACUGGAAAGUCUUACUCUUAAACCAGAGGAGUCUUCCAUCCUGAAUUUUGAGGCUGACACAUCUUACCUUCGCCAGGCUAUUACCUCAUUUGGUUCAAUUAAAACGAUGCAAACCUCUGAGAGAGAGAAUACUUCUCCCUGGUUCCCAGGGCAGAAUUGUGCCCUGAUGAACUGCGAGCAGCAGAAGAAAGUCCCCCAGUGUGGGACAGUGAGUGCCUCACUUGCUGACUGGCUACUUGGAAGCAGACCUGCAGGUGUUUGCCAGGCUCCGUAUGUUCCCAGCACCAAUCUUGAAGAAUGGGUUAUGCAAAAAUGCGUGUCAGAGCCCAGCCAGGAUUUAAAUUCUUCCAAAGUCUGUUAUUUUGAGGAAGCCUGGGGGAAUCUGAAAGAUUUGGAAAACUGGCUCCUGCAGAAUCAACAGCGUGAUGUUGCUGGGAAGACAGACUCCCCUGGCCACAAGGACUCCAGCUCUACUUUCAACUCAUCCUUUUCCACUUUUGACAAGGUGGAGGAAUUGGGAUCCCUUGGACAAGAAGAGAUGGACCUUUCUGACUGGCUGCUUGCUCCUGACACAGAAAAUGGAAGCAGUGCUUCAGAUGAGAAAUGGAAGUAUGAAUUUAAACCUUUUAGGGAAGAAUUUAAUUUGAAUGAUUGGCUCCUCAAAGCUGAAACAUGUACCAGUUGUCGCAGCAGCCAGAUCAAGAGCGUGGAAAUUGAGAACCUGGGAAAUCUGAAGUGCCUGAAUGAGCAUCUUGACGGAAAGAAGUCACCCACAACAUCUGCUGUAAAUGCUUGGCUUCUUCAGCAUCCCCAGGCCACAUUUAAAGUGGAAGAUGUAUGCAAAGCUAAUGAGCUGUGUGCCAGCUUUUCAGAAUGCGUGUGUGAUGAAAACUGUGGAAAAGAGGCUCUGUGUAAAUGGCUUCUGAAGAAGGAAGGGAAGGAUAAAAAUGGAGUUCCGGUCAGCCAGAAAGAUGGUUCAAACCUCGAGCAUGAGAAGACCAAGUCUGCUGCCAAUACCUGGCUUAACCCCAUGCAGCAGCUCACAGGGGAACCCGUUAGUGCAGAGAAAGCAGAUUAUUCAGCAGAGAUCGCAGAACCCUUGAAAGUAUUGCUUGAAAGGCCUCUGACAAGCUGGCUAGCUAAGUCUGAGCACAAAGCAGAAAGUGCAGAAGAAAAGGCGAGUAGGGAAAAAGCAAAUAAUAGUUUCAAGAGUCCUUUCCUAGACCUCCUGGCUCCGUUCCAUCUCCCCUUGAACGUAAGCAGUUGGGUGUUGGCUUCAAACAACCUAGAAAACGCUAACCCACCUCCAGUGGAAGAUAAAUGGCUUCUACGCAAGAAAGCGCAAGACUUUGGCCUUCCUACAGUUUGUGACCUUUUUGCCUGUAUGAAACUCAAUGGAGAUAAAGAAAAAUGGCUGUAUCGGACUCCUUUACAGAUGUGAAGAACUGAAGCAUCGAAAUUGUCCCCUUCGUAAUGAUCGAUCGCACAUCACACUGAACGACUGCAGCCAGCUGAAUUCUUGUGUUUUGUGUUUGGCCGCCUGCUUUUCUUCUAAAAUUUUAACAAAAAGAAAGAUUACUCAUAUAAUAGAGUGAUGGUGCAGAAGAUGCCUUUUUGUUCUGAUUAAUUCUGAAAUAUAAACCCACUGAGCAUAAGCAAUCUGAUACUAUAGAGGUGUUAGUAAAUUUGUAUCUGUUACGGGACUACGUGAAUCUUCUUUUAAUGGGUUGUCACUUGAAAUAUGUUGAAGCCAGUGCAAGUAUAAAGCAAAAUCUCUCUGGUGCUGUGAAACGUCCACCUUUUGGCAGUGACUUUGGAAGUGUCAUUCAUUUCAGCUGCUGCAACUUUGUCAUGAGUUGGGUUCCAGCCUGCUGGGAUUGCAAGAUAAUUUGGGCUGUAUUUGGAAGCAAUUUCUUUUAUUGAGCAGUUUCUAACUUGAAAGGUUUCAUUUGCAUCUUGUUUUGGUGCGUCUCCCAGCGGAAUAUGUGUAGUCCAGAGUUUGAAAAAGACACAGAUUUAUGGGACCUGACACGUGAUGGGAGAAUUGGUGACUUCGUUCUGAAUGAGUAUUUUUCUUGCAAAUUUUUGAGCCAUUCAGAGAACAGGGUAGGGUGAUAAUUUUCAUGCGUCUGUAGAUCAGAUCCUACUGUGUCCCCAGCAUUUAAUAACUAUGUGAAUUUCACUGAAAAAGCUGUGAGAUGAAAAGAGUAUGUGUCUGCUAGUUCUAGGUAAUUCAUGGCUAAACCACUGGAAAGCAGGCAUCUUAGCCACAUAGUAUUUAGAGGUAAUAUUUGGGAAGUUAAAUGCUUUCUCAUCAGAUUGAUGUCAUGCUGUUGAAUUGGGAGACACUAACUUGACAAACUGUGGCUCCCACUGAUGCAUUUGAAAGAUACUUAAAUCUGUGGAUUUCCAUGUUGUUAUGCGUAUGAAAGUGGGGUCGAGUAACUGAUCCCUAUAGCUGUGGCUAUAACAUGAGCAAUGCCUCCUUAGGUAGCUAGCAUUUUGAGCCUGUAGGAAAGAGUGUGGAGAUGUUAGAUGGAAAUGUGGAUCACACCUGUCAGCUUGCAUGAAAAACCAUUAAGUUAUGUAGUUUCUGGUGCAGCUUGUACUCACUUAAAUUGCUCUUAAUGGUUAUCGGAUUAAGCUGCCUCUUCUCCCCAUCCCUGCAGCCUGCCUGGGAAUGGAAGUGAUUUCAAUUCUUCACAACCCUGUAGAAAAGAACUUACUAGCAAGAUCCAACCUUGGUAUUGUUUUGAAGUGUGAACACAUUCCUGUCUGGUAGGACCUGUGCAUUUAUUUAUAAGUAAGUUUUUAGUCAGUGAGGAAGAUACUGCACAUCUGAAACCAGACCCUGAAAGGGCUUAACAUCAGUGGAGCACUUGGGGCUUUCUGCGGGAAGAAGAAAGACAUUUUUGAAGUUCCCUUUUCCCCUUGAACGUGUCGUCAUUGCUACAUGGGAAGACUGCACUGUGACUAACUCCAGCAACAACCUAUUUUGAUUGGCAGUGGAACUUAACGAAGGUGACCGACGUGCAGCCCACCUCUUAACAAUUCCUUGUAGUUGUCAUUGUGUGCUACUUGGUCAGCUCAUGAGCCUUUAAAACUUGGGGGUAUGUAUUCCUUUACUUACUCGACUGACUUGUUAUCACUAAUUGAUAUUUAUGUAAAACAUUGAUUAGUCUUUUCCAUUAAAAACUAAUUGCAACCAAA